AUGUCGCGAGCGUCAUCUACUGCUGAUGACGCCUCAGGCAGCGAAGACGAGUUUGCGGAGGCGCAGCCUUCGCUAUCUGACGAACUUGCUGACGAUUCGCUUGCUAGGGUAGCUAAUGGCGCAGAAGGGUCUGAUUCGAAGCGCUCCUCAGGUGAUGCCAAGCAGACAAUCGAUGCAGCCUCGAAAGUGCACCAGGCAAAGGAUGCAAAACCUUUUGCUUCCCGAAGCCCUUCUCCAGUGAAGACCAAUAGCCCGCCACGGGCCAAAGGCGCAGGGGUAGCUGCUCUCAUGGAACGAUUCCAAGGCGGAAGAUCCACUCCUCCGUCAAGCGCGCAGGCCAAGACGGCAUCAAAACCUUCAGGUGGAGAGCAACCCUCCUCGAGCGCGAGCUCGUCUGUCAAGCUCUCAGCCCCUACAGCCGUGGCGCCACAAGAAAUGAGCGACAGUAACGUUGAAUCGCAACUCAUUGCAGACAAAGAUGAGCUGCCGCCUUCUAAAGGCGCAACUUCGCUGUUGGAUCCAGAAGAGACGAUCAAGAACCCCUUUUCGAGCUCUAGUGGGGCUGCGACACCCAUUGCACCUACCACCCCCGCUACGUCCACAGGUCCAGGCGCAUUCCAAAAUGGGGCAGGAGAGGAUGCCGCGGGUAGAUCCACACCUACGAAGGAGUUUGCAGGUGGAAGUGGCAGCUCAGAUCACUCAGUCACAUCGAGCGCUCCUCCACAGCGCUUCUCGACUGUCUCUGAUGCUGGCCAGGCUUCCACGUCUCGAUGGGCAGAUGAAGCUGGAGUAGGCAGUGGCCCCACCGUCGCCUCCGACACUGCAGUGGCUCAGGGCGUUUCCGCUUCGUCCGUGUCUGGCUUGUCAGACGGCGCCGCAGAAACGCCGACAGGUCAGGAGGCGCGCUUCAGCAGGGUCAGCCUGACUAGCAGGGAUGGAGAUGCAAACGCUCCUCAACAUUCGCGCAAAGCAAGCGAUCGGCGAAAGACGGUCAUGAUGGGCGGCGUCUCUUUUGCACCAGAAGCUGGAAGCAGCGCGACAAAUACAGAAGGCUCGGCGAGCUUCUUAGCGCGGCAGACAGCUCGGAUGAGUCGGGACGAAGAAGCAAUAAGGAACAGCACAGAUAGCGCGGAGAAGCUGAAAGAGAGUUUCGACAGGCUGCAGAUGAGAGAGAAGAGGAAGAGCCUGCACGCGAAAAGCGAUAGCUCCAGUCGGUCAAAUGCUAUCGAAGGAGAGACACAAAGCGCCGGAGCAGAGACCUCGAGCGCCGUUGUCUCGAAUGAAGCCAUUACGCCUUCGCGCUCUGGUGGCACCGACACCUGGGAUGGUCCACCAGCAGAAGAUCUUGGCGAAGAAGCCACAGAUUGGGACUUUUGGGGCGGAGUAAUGUCAAGUAAGUCUGCACAAGAGGCGUUUCGCCUCGUACAGCUGACUGACAAAUUGCUCGAAUAUUGCAAAAAGAUUAUCAAGAGGUCGCACAGACCCAGCCAAGGGAGCUGAGCCGGGCUAUUCAAGCUGGCAUACCUGCUGCAUUGCGCGGGAUGAUGUGGCAGCUGAUGAGCAGCAGCAAAAGCGAAGAGAUGGAAAUCGUCUACGCGUACUACCUCAAACAGACCACGCCACACGAGAAGAACAUACGAAAAGACUUGGCACGUACCUUCCCCGAGCAAGAGUACUUCGCAGACGGCAAGGGAGUUGGACAAGAGAAUCUCUUCAACGUCAUCAAGGCCUACUCGCUCUUCGACGAAGAAUGUGGCUACUGCCAAGGCAUGCAAUUCGUAGUUGGACCUCUGUUGCUCAACAUGCCCGACGAAGAGGCCUUCUCCACGCUGGUCCGAUUGAUGAAGAGCUACGACUUGAGAGGGCACUUCAUCGUGGGCAUGCCGCGUUUGCAGUUGCGCUUGUUCCAAUUCGACAGGCUACUAGAGGAGCUCUUGCCUUUGCUGUAUCGUCACUUGGUCCGCCAAGGUAUCAAGAGCUCUAUGUAUGCCAGUUCUUGGUUCAUGACUUGUGAGUCUUUGCUCUAGUGUUGCUUGCCUUCGGAUCGUAAGCGCUCAUUCUCGACCGCGUUUGUCGAUUGUUCACUCUUCAAUUUGCUCUCGUCAAACAGUAUUGUAGGUCAUGUGCUAGCGCUCAGGUCUCUAUUGGCGGCUCGCAACUCACCUUCAAUCACCUAUCCUACUACGUGCAGUGCCUAUCGAAUGCCCCUCGGUAUCAUCUACCGAGUGCUCGAUUCGGUCUUCGCUGAGGGUAUCGAAGCCCUCUUCCGCUUUGCGAUUGCUUUGAUGCAGAAGAACGAAGAUCGCCUGCUCACUCUGGGCUUCGACGAAGCCAUUCCAUUGCUGGCCGUCAACGUCGCAGAUGUCUACAGAGUCAGUGUGUGGUUUCUCUUGUUGAUCACUGCCCUCUGAACUUCGCUGACUGACUUGCGAGAACCUCGCUAUCCAAUAGAAAGCGGACCCUCCGGGCUCAGAGCGCCUGUCUGCGGGGAAAGCAGAAUAUAGGGUCAACGAAUUUGUCAGGUGAGAGAGAGGAUCGUGGUAACUGCGGUGCACUGCGUAUCCUCUGAGAGCCUGAUUGAAACCUGUCUCGCCACAUGUAGGGACGCUUUCCAAGUGCACAUUACGCCCCUAAUGUUGGACCAGUAUGCGGCAGAAUUUGAAGAACAGGUCAAGGCUGCAAACGCGCAUCGCAGGGAGGUAGAGGCGUUGAGGCUUGUCAAUAGGAAUUUGAGUGCCAAAGUCAAGGCUCUCGAAGAGCAGCUGACGCAGGUCAAUGCAGAGCACGUCGACCUCGUCAAGGUGAGUCUUGUGCAGGCAAUCUUGGAUCUGCAGAGCGAUGGCCCGUGCUGAGGUCACCUACUCCCUGUCACGCACUACUGCUAGAGCGUCGUCAUGGCCAAGGUGAGUCAAUUUCGCACAAAUUCUCCAUCAAUUUCCGCUAAUUCUCAAUGUACCUCGUUACAGCUCGCAAAAGAGGAGAUGGCCGAAGAGGUGAGUUACGGGAGUCGGCUGGACUUUUUUACCUUUUCGUACUCUGCAACCUGCUCACACGUCGCGGUCUACCUUGUGUAGCUGGUGCGAUACAAGAUGAUGUGAGCACCCGACCAUAAUUGCGGCGACUUGUCGGAUUGACAUGUCAGCAGGGUCACAAGCUGAAACUUGACUCGCCAUGUUCUUUUGACCUCAGGUAUGCGGAAGCUGCUCUGCUGGCUGAUCAGUCUAGGGAGAAUGGACGAUCACCCGGCUCGGAACGGCCCCCUUCUCACCAAAAUUGGCCAUUGGGUCGUCAAAGCAGCUCUUGA